AAGUAUUGUAUUAGGAACAUUCCACUGUAAUGGUCCAACACGGAAAUUCACCUCGGAAGAAACACGGAUUGCACUUCACUAGUUCCGCUAAGAAAAAACAGCAAAUACAGCCCUCCUUAUAUCUGGCAUCGACCAGUGAUUGACCGUACGGCUGGAAACUGGCAUAAUUCGGCAGUGUUGAUGCUAAGUAGAGCAUGCAUCAGCAUUAAUCAGUGUGACGGAGUUUUAACAGAAGAUAUGAGCAGGGUGUGGAUGUGCUGAUAGCCUGGUAGCAAGCUCUCCUGUUUGUGUUGUGGUGGUGAUGGAGAAUAUUGAGGAGUCUUUGCCCCUUCGGAUCACCCCUACCGUCCAGGCGCUGAGCUCCGCACUGCGGGGGAAGCAUGAAAAUGUCCCCGAUUCCAGCCGGGGAAAGGGCGACAGGAUCUUCCCCGAACCGGAGAAGCUUUGGUUCAAGGAGAGUAGCGCUAAAAACCUGCGUAACAGGGACUUCUUGUCGCCAACCACGAUGCUUAACACGCUGUAUGCGGACGGACAGGUCCCUCCAGCAGUGAUGUCCAGGGUCCUGUCCCUCCAUGGCAGUGGGGUUCUCCCUGUGGCUGGUGGGGAGGUAAUGGGUGAGGGGUUGAGGGUGAGGGUAGAUCGGGCCACAGCCUUCAGGGCUGUCCUGGCAGGUGGAGCCACAGAGUACCUGAAGCCCUCAAGUCAGAGGCAAGGGUGUGUGGUGCUCAACUGCCCCGCACUUCACCCUAAACCCAACACACCAACUCCUGAUACACUGACUCUGGGCCAUCUGAGGACUGUUUUGUUGGCUGACCACAUGGGGGUGCUGUUGAGAAGACAGGGAUUUGUAGUGUCCUAUUGCCCCAUGCUUCCCGAAGACAGCGACAUCAUCACCUUUCUCCGAGCUCUGGGCAUCGAUUGGCCGUCAGCCCCAUCCAAUUGGACCAACGAGGAGCGAGAGGAGAAGAUUCAGGAGGCGCUGGAGAACUCCCCGUACAGAGAGAGGGAAACGGAGAGAGGCAGGAGGACCAGUGGAGGAGGAGGGAGGAAAGCGGAGGAGGGGGAGAACGAGGGAGCUCUCAGGGUCAACCUGAAACGAGUGUUCCAGGAGGAGGGGCUGCUGGGAUACGACCCCAGCCUUGGUACCAGCACAGUACACAGAGACAGUGUUUCCCACCUGGCGCAAUUGGACCUAGCCACAGCCGAGUGCACAGUAGCCAUGGUAACAGUGCUACAUGUGACUUCCUGCCAGGAUGAGUUCCGUCAGCAGCAGGUAGCAGUGCUGUGGAGAGCCAGUGGAGCGACACAUACACAGAGACAUCUGGUGUGUGGGCCUGUGAAGACUCCUGGUUCUCACCUCACUGCUGCACAGUACCUGCAGCUGAGAAGAGGUCAGAUGAAGGAGGCCUCAGAGAUGAAGUAUGGAGAUCAAGUAGAAGGUCAGACAUGGGAUGACAUCAUCAGGGUCAUGACCUCUGCCACUGUCAGAUUUGAGCUGCUGUCAACGGUCCACACCAGUCCUGUGACACUGGAUGUCCAGAGGGAAGGGAGCGUGUCCACCAAAGGGCCAAGAGGAGGAGUGUUUGUGAUGUAUAACUGUGCCAGACUGCACACUCUGUUCGACAGCUACGAGAGAGGAGUGGAGAAAGGUCUAUACCCAGAAAUCCCUGAAGGCUCCCAGCUAGACUUCUCUGCUUUGAAAGAAGAGGGCGAGUGGCUUCUACUGUUCAAUUAUCUCAUUCCGUUCUCCGAGCUGCUGGACCAAUCAGGCCAAGCCUUAGACUGUGAAGGGGGAGGAGCCAGAGUCAAUAUUAAGACUGAACAGAUCUGUAAAUUCCUUGUGUCUCUCAGUAAAGACUUCAGCUCAUACUACAACAGAGUCCAUGUGCUGGGGGAGCCGUUGCCUCAUCUCUUCAAUCAGAUGUUUUGUCGUCUGUAUCUGUUAAGAGCAUUGAGAGAGCUCUACCACAGCGCUCUGGACACCCUUAACCUUCCCCCCAUCAGACAACUAUAGCCUCAACAUACCUCCUGACCCACAUCAUCUCACACAAACACACACUCACCUAUGCUUUGCAAUUGUAGCUUCAUCAUGUACACACUUCAUUUAGCAAUGAAAAUGUAUCCAGCUAAGACACAGUUUCACCUUUUCCUCUUUUUGGUGGUGUACAAACUCAGUGCGAGUUCAGCUUGAUCUGGGCCGAUUGAUUUUCCUGGAAAUUUUGAGCAGUUUGUAUGUUGAUAUGUAAGAAAUAGUUCGACAUUUGGGGAAAUAUGCUUAUUAUUUUCGAGUUAGAGGAGAAGAUUGAUGUAUGUAUGGUAAAUAUGAAGCUACCACAAGCAGCCGGUUAGCUUGGCUUAGCAUAGAGACUGGAAGCAGUGAAUAGGAAGCACUGAAAUAGCUAGCCUGGCUCUGUCCAAAGGUAACAAAAUCCACCUUUCCCAAAUGUCAAACUAUUCCUUUAAGUUUGGAUUAUUUGCUAAAUCUGGAUGGAGAAGAGUCCCCUCCCAUAAGCAUACAAGGCAUCAGAAUUUUAACAGCUAAAUGGGCCCAGAUGGAAUGCUUUUUUUCCGUUGAAGCCCUACUUUGUAAUUUUAAAUUCUACUCUAGUCAUGUGAACGUACAUUACAUUUAUAUGAACUGAACCCUGGAACUUUUACUAUGAUUUUAGUGCCAAAAUCCCACCUGUAGUCAAGACAUUCCAUCUAAACUGUAAUAAGACUUGUUACACUUUCUAAAUUGCCUCAUUAUUAUCACAGUACCCUCCUAUAAGUGUCUUAGUCUCUAGUCACUGCCUGAAGAAAUAUUUUUUACUUUUACUAAGCCUUGUUCAACUGUGGAAAGUCCCAUUUCAUGUAUGUUACCCACCUUGUAUUUAUCAAUGCCACACGAAUAUUUAUUGUCAGUUACAAAAGAGAUCUGUACAGAAUAUAUAUUCUGCAUAUGAAUCUUAAGUGCUGUGUUCAUAUGAUUAUUCAGAGCCCUCCGAUUAGUCACAAUUAUCCUGCUUGACAAAUCACAAAUGUUCAGUAUCAAACAACAUGUACCAGAUGUAACAGGUGUUCAUAAGUUAUUGACAAAAAACGAACAUUAGCAGCAUUUAGGGCAUUGUGCCAUAACCUUAGGAAAUGCAUGAAAUGGCAUGAAAAUAAUAUAUAUGGAGAGUUUUAUGCCAAACAUUUUAUUUAUAAAUUUUGGUAGGGGAAGAUAAUGUCCUAAAAUUGAUCCUUCAGUAUCUCUGAAAUGUGAAAUGUGUUGCCAUUUCAGUUGACUACUGUCUGUUAAAAUGUGCCAUAGCUUGUUUUAACUUUCUGCUUCACAUCAUUUUGUAAGUUGGUGGGUUUUUUUUUAAGUGAAUAUCUCAUGUUGGAACAAAACAGAUAACAUACAUAGGUAUAAAAUAUUUUGAAAACUCACUUCUCACUGCAUUAAAUGUUGUUUGAUCCCUGCAAAUGUCGCUUGUCCCUGAAUGGUCUAUGGAAUUUUUUAAAUGGACUUAUCUUUUUUCCCUUUUUUCUUUUUUUUUUUUUUUUUAAAUAUUUUAUUUACUAUAGGACAGGGAAUGGGAUGUUUACAAUAUGCUGAUUUAUUUACAGUGACUGUCUUGUUAACCACUGCUGUAAUUACCACAGUAUUAAAGAAAGAUGCAGAAUGAGAGAAUGAGGGACUUUUGUUUUUUUCUACUAUGUACUGUUCGCUGUAUCUGUAAACAGAUACUGUAUAUAAUAGAUACAGUAUGCUCACUUGUAGCCAUUGGAGUGUUUCUCUAGCUGCCAUGUUUUCAACACCUCAGGCCUCAACAUCUCUGACCUUCUCCCAUCUCUCAUUCUUUUCUUCCUCCUCUUUGCCAUCCUAACUCCCAUCUCUCUUCCCUUUAUUCUGUACUGUAUUGUGUACUUGCAUACAGAGCUUAAGCCUGCCUGUCCUAAUGUUAGUGCCACUGGUCUUGGAAGUUCUUUCCAAAACCCUUUGAUAGGAAGGGUUUGCAGCUGGAAACCAAACAGCUACAAGAUGACUCAAUUAUUUACCAACAGUAUAAAAUAAAAAAUUAAGUUAAUAAUUCAGAAAAUGAAACAAAAUAAUAAUCAGUCAGGCAACCAUGCACAAGGUGGUAACAUUUACAUCUCAACUUUACAGGACAUUCCUUCCUAUCCUGAAAAAUCUCUACAUGUCUCUGACCCUUAAGUGUAUUCGCCCAUGUGAAUGUAAAUAAUACUGUCAAACUCUCUCGUACACACAUCUGUCCACCUACAGUUGAUGUCUUUCCUGUCUUCAGAAUUAAAAUAACCAUGACCACCUC